AUGUUUACAGAAGAGGCAAGACAACUGUGAUUCAAAACUGAAAACAGAAGAAUGAAAAUAAGACAUAAAAUACUAAACCAGAAGUACUACUUAAAUGUCUUCAAUGGAUUUUUCUUGGCUCUGGGCCUUAUGCUUUUGACGUUUGGCCUGUGGCUUUCAUGUGACAGAAACAAUUUAUUCAGUGUGUUAUUUUCUUCAGGCGAAAACCAGCUAGUGGCAUAUAUUUCUCGUAUGUUACUUGGAGUUGGAUCUGUUAUUGCUUUUACAUCAGCCAUGGGAUUCCUUGGAAUCGUUAAGGAAAUCAAAUGUCUACUAGUCACAUAUGUGAGUUUUCAGAUCCUCGUGUUUGUUACCCAGAUGGCAAUAUCAGUGCUGAUAUUCAUAAAGAAAGAAGAGGUCCACAAUCAAUGGAACAACAGAAUUGAUGAAGUUAUUUCUGAAUAUGGGAAUGAGAGUCUGGCUGAGCAGGAACCUGUUUGGAACGUUCUGAAUGCUGUGCAGCACAAUAUGGAAUGCUGUGGAAGAUACAAUGUUACACAGUGGGAAUGGAAUAAAAACAAGGAAAAUAGUGCUCAGAUUCCAUGUUCAUGCACAAAAUCCAGUCUGAAGAAAUGGUUUUGUGAUGUCCCAAGGAAUUCCACAUACAGUAUGGGAUGUGAAGAAUAUUUAAAUACAUGGUUUGAAAGCAACGUUUUGAUCUUAACUGCAAUUACUAUCAGCCUGCUAAUUACACAGAUAUUUUUGAUCACACUAACUGGUCAGCUAUUUAGAAACACCAAAAGGAAUAACAUUUGGCCAAAUGAAUCAUAA